AUGGACAUGCGAACAUUCGCAAUUCUAUGCCAUUUACUUCGAACUGUUUCUGAUCUUUCUUCGACCGAGAUUGUUGAUGUUGAGGAAAUGGUAACAAUGUUCUUGCACAUCCUUGCCCAUGAUGUGAAGAAUCACGUCAUUCAAAGGAAAUUUGUACGGUCUGGUGAGACAGUAUCUCGACAUUUUAACCUCAUACUAUUGGCUGUUGUUAGACUAUACAAGGAGUUGAUAAAGAGAUCUGUUUCGAAUUGCCUUGGCACGUUAGACGGGACGUACAUAAAGGUGAACGUCCCCGCAGCAGAUCGACCUACAUUUAGAACCCGUAAGGGGGAAAUUGCCACAAACGUACUGGGCGUCUGCGACAGACUCGCGAAUUUCGUUUAUGUCCUCGCCGGUUGGGAAGGAUUUGCGACAGACUCGCAGAUUCUACGUGAUGCCCUUGCACGAGCAAAUGGAUUAUAA